GGUUGGAAAAAGUGGGAUGAACACUAUGGUUUGGCGGGUGGUGACGGCCGUACCGAGCCAUCGAUGGUGAAGAGAUUGUAUUCCAAUGUGUUGCACUGUAAGUAUUGGACAAUCUGGUAGCAGCUUCUACAGCAGGAACACUCACUCGUUCCGGAAGAAGCAACCUGACCUCACUCUUUGACCGUCUGCUGCACUGCUUCUGCAAGCUGGCCAGCCCUCGUGUCUGUUGAUCUGCUACUGCUGCUUGACCUGCAGGCCAUUGACGCUCAGCUUGCUGCACAUCCUUCCUCCACUUAUACCAUCACCACCUACUCAAGCUGCACCAUCAUCUGAGUGCUUCACUGCACUCGCAUCGCAAGCAAUAUGAGGUUCGGACAGCAGCUUCGAAGCUCGCUGAUCAAAGAUUGGUACUACAACUACAUCUCCUACGAUGAGCUCAAGAAGAGCCUGCGCACCGAUUUCGAGCACAUCCCGCAGUUCAACAACGGCAAGAAGCGGAAGCCAUGGUCGGAAGAGGACGAGAAGCGCUUCGUGAAGCAGCUUGAGGACGAGCUGGACAAGGUCUACACAUUCCAGAAAGUCAAGAGUUCGGAAAUUAUCCGCCGGAUCAAGGCUAGUGAGAAGGAGGUCAAUGAGACAAUUGAGCGCACCCAAGCGGCUCUGCAAGGCGAUGACCGUGCCAGAGCCGAUCAGCCCACUGAGGAUGAAUACAUGCUCCUCGAGGAGGACCUUUCCGACAUCAUCGCCGAUGUGCAUGACCUGGCCAAGUUCACGCAGCUGAACUACACUGGUUUCCAGAAGAUCAUCAAAAAGCACGACAAGCAAACACACUGGCACCUGCGACCGGUCUUUGCCGCUCGUCUCAACGCGCGUCCGUUCUUCAAGGACGACUACGAUAGCACCGUGGUCAACCUCUCGAAGCUCUACGACAAUGUCCGCACGCGUGGCAGUCCCGUCAAGGGUGAUUCCUCCGCUGGUGGAAAACAACAGAACUUCAUUCGUCAAACCACGAAAUAUUGGGUGCACCAGGACAACAUCACCGAGCUGAAGCUCAUCAUCCUCAAGCAUCUGCCCGUUUUGGUCUUCAACCCUAGCAAGGAAUUUGAACGCAAGGACUCGGCCAUCUCUUCGAUCUAUUACGACAACACAGACACCUGGGAGUUGUACGAGGGACGUCUCAAGAAGACUGAGGGUGCUGAGGCCAUUCGUCUCCGUUGGUAUGGUGGCAUGGAGAGUGAUACUAUCUUCGUGGAACGCAAGACUCAUCGCGAAGACUGGACGGGUGAGAAGUCCGUCAAGGCUCGUUUUGCGCUCAAGGAGAAGAACGUCAACGCCUUCCUCCGCGGAGAUAUGACCACAGAGCAGGUCUUUGAGAAGAUGCGCCGCGACGGCAAGAAGAGUGAGGCGGAGAUCAACGACCUCGAACAACUUGCCAAGGAGGUUCAAUUCCGUGUCAUCGACCGCAAGCUCGUCCCUGUUUGCCGGUCUUUCUACAACCGUACCGCUUUCCAGCUACCCGGAGAUGCUCGUGUUCGUAUUUCCCUCGACACAGAGCUGACCAUGACCCGUGAGGACAAUCUCGAUGGCAAACGCCGUUGCGGUGACAACUGGCGUCGCAUGGAUAUCGGCAUCGACUGGCCUUUCAGCCAACUCCCCAAGGGCGAUGUUGAGCUUUUCCCCUACGGUGUCCUCGAGGUGAAGCUCCAGACUGCCCAGGGUCAGGAGCCUCCGGAAUGGAUUCGUGAGCUCGUUGCCUCCCACCUCGUGGAGGCUGUACCCAAGUUUUCCAAAUUCAUCCACGGAACUGCGACCAUGUUCCCUUCACGUAUCAACCUUCUCCCCUUCUGGAUGCCGCAGAUGGACGUCGAUAUUCGCAAGCCCGUCAGCCACAAGUUCGGGAUUGAGCGUCCUGGCCAUAGCACUGAUGCCAGCACCAGCGCCGCAUUGGAUGAUGACUCUGACGACGAAUUUGACAACGGCGACCUGCCCGAUGACGAGGACCCGAACGUUCAACGCCUACGUGCCACCCGCGAUGCCUUGGAACAACAUGAACGGGACCGCCAUCUUAGCAAUGUCAAUGGUGACCCGAACGUGCUUGACGAAGAGGAGCGCUUGGCGCACCCCAAAGGCCUUGACACCACCGAAGCCGACUACCCGCUCUAUGAUUCCGACGCCGACGAGGAAGAGGAGGCUCUCGCCGAGGCGAAGCGCGUCGGCGGCUGGCAAUAUCAGUGGAAGUUGGCCAAGCGCCACAUCGGUCUUGUUGCCGACAAGGCCUUGGAUCUUGUCAAGUCAGCGACGGCGGUCACCCCGACCGCACCCACUGGCACUGCUCCUGGCGCUGCGGUGGCGACGUUCUCCCAGAAACGCUUCAAGGCGCCCAAGGGCAAGAAGAUCCACGUUCCUGUGCGCGUGGAGCCCAAGGUGUCGUUUGCUGCUGAGAGGACAUUCCUCGCCUGGCUCGAGUUCUCUAUCAUCCUCGGCUCCAUCGCCGCCACUUUGCUCAACUUUGGUGACUUCAUCAGCAUGACCGCGGCCAUCGGUUUCACCUUACUCGCCGUCAUCGCGCUAUUCUACAGCAUGGGAAUCUACCUCUGGCGUGUCAGCCGCAUCAAGCAGCGCCGUGCCGUCAGCUACCAUGACAAGUGGGGACCCUCGGUGCUGUGCGCGGGUUUGGUCGCAUGCGUUAGUGUCGCAUUUGUCUAUCGAUUGAAGUACGGUGGUGAUGGCGAUUUGAAGGGUGGGAAGAAGUGGGAGGGUGCGAGGCUGUAGGUUGUCCCACGAAGAGCUGGGAGCUGGCGGAUGAGGUUUGUCUCCUUUGAAAGGAUUUUACCAUUACGCAUGAGAUGAAAUGGGAGUUGAUGUAUGCUUUCUGAAGUGGGAAUUUGUGUAUAGUCAUCAGUAGCUGUCUUACCUCGUGGAUAAAUAUCAUUCCCCCA